AUUCACAGCAACACUGCCUAGCGACAGUUUCGUUACUCUGUCAUCGGUGGAAAAAAUUCAGGCGUCGUGGGUAAAAAUUUUCUUUGUAUGAAUAAGUUAAUUUAAAUUUUGUUAAAACAGCUAAAUUGGUUUUGCACCAUAGUGAAAACUAGUUUAAUAGAUUGCUGCACAUAACUUAUUGGAAACACGAAAAGCGCAUUCACUGCAACGAAAUGGCACAUUCGUUGCACACAGAACGUAGCAUACAUGAGAUGCUGAAAGACACACCGCCGAUGAACGAAAGUGGUAGUGCCAUACAUAGUGGAACUGAAGGCCGGCCUUUCAUGCCACCAAAUAGUCUACCACUGCAUAAUCAUUCAGCACCCGCUACACCGAUGACACAAACAAGUCCACAGAAUGGCAUGGACGCGGGUCUUCUGCGUACAGGAGCUUCAAAAAUUGACAGUAUAAAGAAUUGGAGCAUAUCAACUUACAAAUGUACUCGACAGAUAAUGUUAGAAAAGUUAGGUAAAUCCCAACGCACCGUUGACUCGGAAUUGGAAGCGCAGAUUGAACAAUUGCGAGAAACACAACGGAAAUAUUUAUCUAUUUUACGUCUGACGCGAGCUUUCAGCUCACAUUUUCAUCAUGUAGUUGUAACGCAACAUGCAUUGGCCGAAGCAUUUGCUGAUUUGGCACAGAAAAGUCCAGAACUACAAGAGGAAUUUACAUGUAACUCCGAAACGCAACGAAAUCUAACCAAAAAUGGUGAGUUGCUGCUGAGUGCUCUCAAUUUUUUCAUUUCAUCAGUGAAUACAUUGUGCAAUAAAACCAUCGACGAUACGUUACUCACAAUCAAGCAAUAUGAAAUAGCCAGAGUGGAGUUCGAUGCUUAUCGUAUGGAUUUAGAAAAUACAAAACCUGAAUUACCACAAAGUCCUGUGACAGAAGAAGCACAAAAGAACUUUUCCCAUCGUAAAGAACUUUAUGAAAAGUUACGAGCCGAUGUCGCUGUGAAAAUGCAGUUUCUGGACGAAAAUAGAAUUAAAGUGAUGCAUAAACAAUUGGUUUUACUGCACAAUGCAAUAGCUGCAUAUUUUUCGGGAAAUGCGGUUGCUCUAGAGAACACAAUGAAACAAUUUAACAUAAAAUUGAAGGCGCCCAAUGCCGCGACUGGAUCCUGGUUAGAGCAGUAGUAUUAUUAAAACCCCGUCCAUGUAAACAACCAACAUUACAU